CAGCACCACAAUCGAUUUCACUGUGGUGAUGACCCAUGCUCGUGCCACAGUCAUUGAUCCAGAAGAUGAAAAAAAUACGAUCUACCUCUUGUUCAAUGCACGACAUGCUGUUGAAAAAGAUCCACAGUAGUUGAACUCGAAGACCGACAAAGCACUGAUCCGUUUAGUUUUUGUCUAACACACUUAACGUUAACCAUUAUAAUUUUUACAACCCUUCAAUAACUCUGACAGGCCUGGUUGAUGGAGACGGCUGGAAGCACUUAUUUGUUCGCUAGUAUCAUUAGACUUGGAAGUAGAUUUUUUGAAUUUGUUGGCACUGGCAUCAAGCAUUCUACGGAAUAAUUGGCUCAUGAAACUUUGACUUUCCUGUUCUACAUUGAGCCACGACAGCUAAUAUCGUUCUCCUAAAAUUUUAGUUUACCACCACUUUGAGUUCCUCGUCCACGACAACUUCACCACACAUUUUUCAAAGCAUCAAAAUGGGCGAACAAAAGCAGGACAAGAGCGCUUUUUCAGGCGAUGGCCGCACGCCAUCCCAGUCCUCUUCCAACUUCAACGUCGAGGAAUACAAAAACCUGAUCACCCUCGAUGCCCACAGGGCUCACAACGUGAACUGCUACGAAGGUGGCAGUUCCUUCACCGCUCUCGGCUACGACAAUACCUUUUCCCUCGAAAAGUUCCAGAAGAAUUGUCGUAUCGAGAUCACCAAAGUUGAGGAGGACGCAGUAGAAUUCGACCUCCUUGGGGUAGAUCCCCCACUAGCAAACGCCAUACGACGAAUCUUGUUGGCGGAAGUGCCGACUGUUGCCAUCGAAAGCGUCUGCGUGUACCAGAAUACAGCCGUCUUGCAUGACGAGUAUUUGUCGCACAGAUUGGGUCUCGUGCCACUGGCUGUGGAUGCGGAGGAUAUGGAGUAAUUCUUGACUUUUUUUAACAUGGUUAUUUGUUCCUGUUCGCUGCACGACCAGUUGAAUUUUUGAGCCAUAGACUAGAAGUGUUCCGGGUCAAUGCUAUACUUUUUUGUUAUAAAAGAUGUAAAGACUUGGUCUUCUUCGGUUCAAACACCAUUCAAUUUCUCAUCUCAAUUUCCAACACCUCUUCUUUCUAGUUCUGAUUUCCAUUGUUCAAUGAUUCAGAUUAUCUUCCGUAAAAUCACUCUCAAUUAUCACAGUUGGGUCCGCGAAGGUGAGGAAAAAGGCGAUGGCUGCGCCAGACCAGAAAAAGUUCGCUUCAUGCUUCAUGCACACUGCAAAGGUGAAGAUUUGACGGUCUAUUCUGGAGAUUUGGUGUGGCAACCAGAGACGGAUCGAGAAAGGGAGUACUUCGCAGACAACCCGCCAAGACCUAUCCACGACGACAUCAUUCUUGCGAGAUUGGCAAAGAAUCAAGAGAUCUUGUUGGAGUGCUGGGCACAGAAGGGACAGGGAAAGGAUCACGCAAAAUGGUCACCGGUUGGAACGGCAUGGUACUAGGAUACGUCAGUUGCCAUCUACUUCAUGGGGUCCUCAUUCUCCACUAUUUGUGAAGACCAGAAGUAAAUUCAAAAUUUUUUAUGCCAACAAUUUUCUCAACGACUGUCAUAAUUCAAUCAAAUCUUCUGCUUCUCCACUAACUGAUCGUUGUCGUUCUUUCUCCACAAAUAAACAACUCUCCUCUCAGGUACCGUCUCAUGCCCAAGAUCACACUCCUCGAGCCGAUCUACGAUGAGGAAGCUGAGAAGCUUGAGAAAUGCUGUGCCUCAGGUACCUUUGGCAUCAUCGAGGAAAACGGUCGUAAGCGAGCUAUCGUGAAGGACGUCAGGUCGUGUACCACGGACAGAGAAUGCAUCGAUCCGGAGAGAGGUUUGCCAGGAAAGGUGCUAUUGCAGAAGGUGAAGGACCACUUUCUGUGGAGAAUCGAAAGCAUUGGGCAAAUUCCACCAAUGGAGUUGUUUGAGCGCGCAUUGCAGGAACUUUCGAAGAAGUGUGGAACAGCUGCGAACAUGCUGAAGGAAGAAGAAUACUACGGCUAGAGAAAGUGAACGAUGUUGAUUGCCCAUGGGGAUAUUACUAUUAGAGUAUGAAGACAUUUGACGCAACGAGAUCAGAUUUUUUGGAAGUACCCGGGAACAUCCAUAUAACGCAAACAACAAUGCACCUAACGCCAAGAAUAGCUUUCAACCCACUCGCAAACAUGCAAUGAGUUAUCAUUUACUAACUACUACUACAUCAUCCUAGUAGAAAAGCCGG